UCCGGUCCCCAGGCACCACCUCAGGCCAGGGUACUACGACGACAACGCUGAGGUCCGGGGCAGUGGGAACAUUCCUCAGCAGUUACUUAGCUGGGUGGUGAAAAAAAAAAAUGCAGCCUAAUUGGCCAGUGGCCUUUUCUAGUGAAUGAAGGAGGUUUCUGUUUUAAGAAAUAAAGUGACUUCUCCGCGGCUGUUGAUUCACUGCCCACAGGGAGAUUUUUGAGCCGAGGCUUCCUAGCCUCGGUAGAAAUUUGCAUACAACUUCCACUUCCUGCUUCGGAGCCUGUUCCUGCUUACCUGGGCCGGGAGAGGGUGGAGGGAGGCCCGGAGCGACCCAAGGUGGAGUGACCCAAGAAGGAGAGAGCGUGAUCACCCCGUGGCCCGGUCUGUCUGUCCGUGGUGGCUCUAAGAAACUAGGAUGAGCCGAAGCAUUCCUGUGGAGGUUGAUGAAUCAGAACCAUACCCAAGUCAGUUGCUGAAACCUCUCUCAGAAUAUUCCCUGGAAGAAGAAUCCGAACUACCUGCUCUAGAUACAAGGAACAUGGCACCCAACAGCUUAUCUGCACCUCAAACCCCUCACUCUUCCUCAGGAGACUUUUCUCACGCUCACCCAACCCUGAAGCUUUCAAAUCACCAGCAGCCUGUGUCCCAGCAGGCCACCUGCCUGCGCACUAAAGUCCUGGCAGAGAGUGAAGACAGCUUCUGGAGGAGACACCCAGACCCGGGCAAAGAUUUUCCCUUGGGCUGCUCUGCAACCAGCGAGCCUGAGGCUGAGUCUGUGGCUGGAGCCCUCCCCCCGGAGCAUCAGUUUUCACUUAUGGAAAAACGUAAUCAAUGGCUGGGAUCUCAGCUUUCAGCAGCUUCUCCUGACCCUGGCCAUGACUCAGACAAAUCAGACCAAAGUUUACCUAAUGCCUCAGCAGACCUCCCGGGCAGUAGCCAGAUGGUGCCACAGGCCCGGACCCACAGGAACCGAGCAGCCCCAGACCUGCGUACGAUAGACACGGGAUAUGAUUCACAGCCCCAGGACGUCCUGGGCGUCAGGCAGCUGGAAAGGCCCCUGCCCCUCACGUCCGUGUGUGACCCCCAGGACCUCCCCAGGCCUCUCAGAUCCUGGGAGUUCCAUCAGUUUGAACCUCAGAGAUAUCCAGCAUGUGCACAGAUGCUGCCUCGCUCUUCCCCACAGGCUCAGUGGAACUAUCACUACUAUUGUCCUGGAGGCCCGAUCACCUGGGUGCCAUAUGACCACGACUACCCUCGAGCAGCCUACCAGCAAGUGAUCCGGCCGGCUCUACCUGGGCAGGCCCCACCUGGACCCAGUGUGAGAGGCCUGCACCCUGUGCAGAAGGUCGUCCUGAACUAUCCCAGCCCCUGGGACCAAGAGGAGAGGCCUCCACAAAGAGACUACUCCUCCCUAGGGCUCCUGAGGUAUCAGGACCGGCUUUAUAACCAGCCACCUCACAGAGCUGGUGUUCCUGAGGAGUCCUUGGAGUGUCCUGCAGAGUUGAGACCGCAGGGUCCCCAGACUCCAUCCGCAGCUGCUAUCCCUAGACCCCCAAGUAACCCUCCAGCCAGAGGAACUCUGAAAACAAGCAAUUUGCCAGAAGAACUGCGGAAAGUCUUUAUCACUUAUUCUAUGGACACGGCCAUGGAGGUGGUGAAAUUUGUGAACUUUUUGUUGGUAAAUGGCUUCCAAACUGCAAUUGACAUAUUUGAGGAUAGAAUCCGAGGCAUUGAUAUCAUUAAGUGGAUGGAACGCUACCUUAGGGAUAAGACAGUGAUGAUAAUUGUAGCAAUCAGCCCCAAAUACAAACAGGAUGUGGAAGGUGCUGAGUCGCAGCUGGACGAGGAUGAGCAUGGCUUACAUACUAAGUACAUUCAUCGAAUGAUGCAGAUUGAGUUCAUAAAACAAGGAAGUAUGAACUUCAGAUUCAUCCCUGUGCUCUUCCCAAAUGCUAAGAAGGAGCAUGUGCCCACCUGGCUUCAGAACACUCACAUCUACAGCUGGCCGAAGAAUAAAAAAAAUAUCCUGCUGCGGCUGCUCAGAGAGGAAGAGUAUGUGGCUCCCCCCCGAGGGCCAUUGCCCACACUUCAGGUGGUUCCCUUGUGA